AUGGUGUUUUCUUCUCACAAGUCAACCGUCCUCGUCGUUUUGCUUGCUUCGAGCAUCGGACUCUUUGCGCCGGUCGUAGAGUCUACGGAUGCGACCAUGUAUUGGGACUGCUGCAAGCCAAGUGCCAGUUGGCUGGGUAAGGCACCCGUUUACAAUCCCGCAGUCACUUGUCUAGCAGACGGCAAGACGAUCGUCACCGGUCCCAGGCGGGAUGACCCCAACUCUUCAGGCUGCGGUGGAGGCAAAGAGUUCCAGUGUAGCUGUCAGCAGCCAUGGACUGAUAAGAUCAACCCUACGAUUGGAUACGCAUUUGCUGCUAUGAGCAGCACCACGGAAAAGGACAGCGAAUGUGCCUGUUAUGUGCUCGAGUUCGCUGAAACUGCCAGCUCCAAGCGCGGCAAAGUCAACACGCUGUUCUACCAAGUCAUCAAUGACGGUGGCGAUGUCACUCAGGACGGCCUCGACAUUCUGGUGCCUGGUAUGGGCAUCGGUGCCAUGACCCAGGGCUGUAGUGCUCAGUGGAAGGGCAGCGAUAUUUCCAAGUGGGGCAAGCAAUACGGCGGGCUCGAUCAGGAUGCUGCCGGCUGCGCGAACCUGCCCGAGGAUCUGCAGCCUGGUUGCAAGUGGAGAAUGAACGAAUGGGGUAACUCGGUUUCUUUCAAGGGCAGGCCUCGACGUGUGAGAUGCUCCAAGGCUCACAUCGACCGAACUGGUUGUCAGAGGAAGGAUGAGCCGAACACUACUUUCGAGGGCCAUUACGAUGCCUCAAACAACGGCCCUGCUCCCGAUGGAUACACUCCCAACGCUGCUGUUUGCGGCAUUGGAGGCUCGAGGAGGUCGUCUGUUCAUCCGUUUGUAGCCAGCCACCAACGUCCCACCACACAUGCUCAUCUGACCAAGAAGUCAGGCACUUGCAACGUCUGA